AAGUAAUAGCCGUAACGAUUGUAAGCAACAGUAACUCAGAUAAGCUGGCAGUCAAACUCCAGCUCAGACGCAAAGUGGAGGUCAGUGGUGAUUGAUUUUUCUACGUCUUCAAGCUCAAUCCUUUUGUAAAAGUUUAAUUAAACCAAUUUUCAUCAAUAUUUGCUAAGUUUGUAUAAAAAUGAAUCGAUUAUUGGCUUGGAUUCUCUUUGUUCAACCCCAGUUAAAUUUUGGUCAACCUAACUCAAAAGAAAGUUUAAACACUGUAACGUCACAUCCAAAUUGGAAACUUUUGAAUUUUGAUCAAUGCGGAUUAUCGUAUGCCGAUCGUAUCAUUGGCGGUAAAAAUGCGUCCAUGGGAUCCUACCCGUGGAUCGCUAGGAUUGGAUAUGUAAAAAAGGAUGUACCGGAAGAUGAAAGGGAAGUUACGUUUCGCUGCGGUGGUUCAGUCAUCAGUGAAUACUACAUCAUAACUGCUGCCCACUGCGUUACGCAUUUAUCUAACAACACGCUUGUUUCGAAGAUUCGGCUAGGCGAGCACAAUACGGAUACAAAUCCCGAUUGUGAGAACUCGUUUUGCAACGAUCCUUACGAGGAAUUCGAACCAGCCAAAAUAAUGUUUCACGAAAAAUACGAUACGCCUAAACUACGCAAUGACAUAGCGCUCAUAAGAUUAAAUAGAAAGAUCAAAUUUACCGAAUUCGUAAAGCCAAUUUGUAUGAUGAAGGAAAAACUUUUGAAAAAAAAUUUUAUUGGACAAACCGCUGAGGUGGCUGGUUGGGGCAUUUACGAUAUAAACGAACCUCAGAUGAGUACGAUGCUACAGACGGUGAAGUUGCCGGUAGUUGAGAACGCUCGUUGCGAAAGUGGCUACCGACGGGUUUCAGCCGUGAGCUCGCAGCAGAUGUGCGUUGGUGGCAAGGUCGGCCAGGACUCCUGUGGUGGCGACUCGGGUGGACCCCUCAUGAAGGUCGAUGUGGAUAGCGACAUCGGACCGCGCUACUACAUCAUCGGCCUUGUCUCCUUUGGUGCUAAGCUCUGCGGGGAGACCAAUCUGCCGGGCGUCUACACCAAGAUAUCCGAGUACCUGCUCUGGAUCCUCGAUCAUCUCGAACCUUGAGACUAUCGAGCGCCGUGUCACUUAUGUAUUUGCACCUUUCAGGCAUUUCUGCUUUAUACGCAUCCAGCAAUAUAUUAUCACCUUAUUUGAUUUAUUUUUUGAAUUCUUAUAUUCUCGCAUCACUAACCCCCCACGCGCCUUUUAUUUCCCUUACAUCUUAUUGGUAUCCGUUGAUGCCUUCGCCCUAUUUAUUCUUCGGCUUAAUUCUGUUUGGGCAUGCGUAUCGCGCUUCUCCUUUCUUUCUCUACUCGCUUUAUUAAUUAAUACAAGGAUCCUCGAGGAUGAGUAGCAAGAACCUUUCUCAUAAUGCCUGCAUGAGUGUUAGAUCGAUCGCGGUCCAUGAUCCGGUGCUGGAGAACGUGUUUCUGAUGUUUUGUUUAGUUUUUUCUGUGACCGUAGAUUCAGAAAUAAGAGUAGAUACUGAUAACAUUGAUGUAUCGGCAAGAUUGAAAUUAAAGAGAAAAAAUAAUUGAAUACUUAGAAUUUAUUAUGUGGUGUGCUAAAUUGCAAUAUUAAUGUAAUAUUUUUCCAAAUGGUAAUGAUAAUAAAUUGAAUACAAAUC